ACAAAAAUUUUAUAUAUAAACCUCAAACACAAUCAAAAAUUUCAAUCAUUCACAUUCCACAUUCAAGAUGCACCCCAUCACCAUAGCAACGCUGCUCCUGGUCGCCAUGGCAACCGUCGCCCAGGGGGGAAACUCGCAUUUUUUCCAGUACGCCAACGUCCCCGCUUGGAACGCGUAUGAGUUUGGGUAUAAUCGGGGAAAUCAACAUCAUUUCACGUCGAGGUUCGAAAAGGCUCAUGGAUGGACUUUUAAGACGAAGGUCCGCUGGGGAGACAAGCACGGGUGGGGCGAGUCCUACUGGGACUAUAACCAUGGUGACGAGAAGAAAAAAGGAGGAGAAAAAAAGGGGUGGGGCCACCACCACGGAUCCUCCUCGAACCUCGAAGAACAGGCGGUCCUCCCCCGAAACGAUAACUUCCAGAGUUCCGAACAACUACAAGGAGAACCCGAACAAGUACAAACCAUCCCCCGUCCCCCCCACCGACCACGCCCCCUGCGCCCCCUCCAUCGCUCCUCCGCCCCCCACCCCCCACGGAAUACAAAUCACGUGACGAAUAUUACCCCGCCAAUUAUUAAUUUAUCAUAUUUUUUAUUACUCUUUUUGUUAUAAAUUUAUUUUUAAAUUAAA